AUGUUCUUCACAGAUGAUCUAGUAAAUCACAUCGUACAUCAAAGUGUAUCUUAUGCAACUCAAAAUAAUCGUCACCAAUAUACGCUCUCUUCAGACUGCUUCAAAAAAUUUUUGGGAUUUUUACUGUUAACUGGAUAUCACUCUUUGCCUCAAGAGCAGAUGUAUUGGUCAGAAGAAGAAGAUAUAGAUAUUGGAAUUGUAAGGAAAUGUAUGUCGAAAAAUCGUUAUAUUGAAAUAAAAAGAAAUCUACAUUUCAGUGACAAUACAAAUAUACCACUAAUAAAUGGAAACAAAGACAGAUUAUUUAAAAUACAACCAAUCUUGGAUGAGCUGAAUAAAGCAUUUAUGCAGUUCGGCGUAUUUUCGUAUAACAUAUGUAUUGAUGAACAAAUGGUACGUUAUUAUGGUCAUCAUUUUCUAAAGCAGUUUAUUAGAGGAAAGCCCAUUCGCUUUGGGUUCAAGCCGGAUAUUGCUAUAAUGCUGACAUCUAUGAAGUGCAAUGUUAGUGAACGUUUGCUUGCCUCAUCGUGCAGUGUGCCUCACGUUCAUGUACCUCACGGUGCACUAAUUGCUGGGGCUCUGCCCAAUAAUUAG